UCGCGGUUGCCAUGGCAAGGCCCGCUCCGUAGGCGCCGCGAGCUGGCGCCAGGAGCCGCGGCGUCGCAGCGUGGCUUUGAAGCCUCCUCCGCUGCCACCAUGAGCGGCCGAAGCAGGGGUCGGAAGUCCUCCCGUGCCAAAGGCCGGGGCAAAGGCCGCGUCAAAGCCCGAGUGCGCGCUGCUCCUGACGACGCCCCGCGCGACCCGGACCCUUCGCGGUGCCUGAGGCUCGGGGAGGACGCCAUCGCGGCACAGGUGCAGGCUAGCGCUGGGUGGGGUAGCCUGGAAACCGCUGCGCCCGCGCAGCUGUUCCAGCCCGGUGAGGAGGUCGCCUGCGGGCUCCCUCUGGACUGCGGCCUCGCGCUCCGGGCCCGAGCCGCGGGGGAUCGAAGGCAGGCCACCGCCAGGCCCGGUCCGGGGAAGGCCGCCACCUCUCUCUCGGAGCGCCUGGUCGCAGACACUGUCUUCGUGGGAACGGUGGGAACCGUGGGAAGGCCGAAAAACGCCCCGCGCGGGGGAAUUCGGCGUGGCCCCGCGGGGAAGAAGGCCCCAGAAACGUGUAGUGCCGUGGGGAGGGGCCCUCAGGCCGUAGCCGGUGGGAAACCCAAGAAAGGGCCGGCGGGAGAGUGUGCCCCGGUGCCAGGCGAGGAGGACAAGGAGGAGAAGGAUGCGGGGUCGGAGCCCCCGGCGACCGAAGGCAGCAUGGAUACGCUGGAGACCGUGCAGCUGAAGCUGGAGACCAUGAACGCCCAGGCGGACAGGGCCUACCUUCGGCUGUCGAGAAAGUUUGGGCAGUUGCGACUGCACCACCUAGAGCGCAGGAACCUGCUCAUCCAGAACAUCCCGGGCUUCUGGGGGCAGGCGUUUCAAAACCAUCCCCAGCUAUCGUCCUUUCUCAACAACCAAGAUAAAGAGGUCCUCAGCUACCUGAACAGCUUGGAGGUGGAAGAACUUGGCCUCGCCAGAUUGGGCUACAAAAUCAAGUUCUACUUCGGCCGCAAUCCCUAUUUCCAAAAUAAGGUGCUCAUCAAGGAAUACGGGUGUGGUCCUUCAGGUCAAGUGGUGUCUCGGUCUACUCCAAUCCAUUGGCUUCCUGGCCACGACCUCCAGUCCCUAAGCCAGGGAAACCCAGAAAACAACCGUAGCUUCUUUGGGUGGUUUUCAAACCACAGCUCCAUUGAGUCUGACAAGAUUGUGGAGAUAAUCAAUGAGGAACUGUGGCCCAAUCCCCUGCAGUACUAUCUUUUGAGUGAAGGGGCUCGUGCGGAGAAAGGAAAGGAAAAGGAGAGCAGACAAGUUCCAGCAAAGCAGCCAGUGGAGACCCCUGAGCCUGGGGUAAACCAGUCCAACUGAUACUGCACAAGUCUCCCUACUACCUCCUGCCAGCCGUCCCAGCUGACUACAUGUGUUUGGCUGUCUGCCUUCUCUUCAUGUUGGCCUCUGUGCACUGUACUUCUUUAGGACUUUAGUUACAAGAAUAUGGCCUUUUUGAUCAUGGUCUUUUGCCGCUCCAUGGCCUUCUUGCUUUUUUACAUUAGUGUUACAUGUUAUGUGAUCUCACCCCUGCUGUUUAUAAUCACACUUCAGAUGUGUGCUGCCUUUCUCUGCAAUCGCUUGGACCCUGUUUUUGGCUUUGGCCUUCCCACUUUCUUAAACAUGGACACUCAUGAGUCAUUCUCCAGGGGGACCAGUACAUCCUCAAGCUCUGCUCUUUGAAGGCCAGUGACUUUCUAGGCUUCGUGUGCAUGCCAGCCAUGUAUGUCAUCUGUGGCAAGCGUUUCUGUUGCCACUGCAAAAUGAAGCCAGUGCACAUGGUAUUGGCUGUCAGCCAGAACAUAUUGUUCCAUGUGUCUGGGCUCACCAGCUAAGGUGUUGCCUACUUUAUCUCUGGCUUUCACGUGGGGUCCACACUACCCACCCUGCUCAGCAUUCAGUAGAAUGGCACUUGACUGCUGGGCAUGGAUGAAGUUAAGGGCAAGGAGCAGUAAGCCAUGUGUCUUUACCAUCAUGAGUCUUGUUUCUGGGCCCUUCUACUGGUGAACCUUCAUCGAGGUCUAUGCCAUGCCCUGUCGCUUUUAGGCUGUUGAGUUUUGUCUAGGUUGCUCUCGGCCCCAGUUGACUGCCUGGUCAACAAGGACCUCAAGAACUGCUUGUGGAUCCGGGCCCCGUGCCAGUGCAUGAGACACACACCUGCUCUCCCCAGCUUUCCAGGAACCCUACUGACUGCAAGACUGAUGGGCGGGCUGGUGUGGCCUUGUUUAUGUGGAAGAUUAAUGCUACUUGCUGCUUAUUUUGUCUAAAGAAAUCUUACCGCUUUCUCCAUUUUUGCCUAAUGGGAAAAUAGAGCUGUACAAGUCUGCUUUUUUUUUUUUUUUUUAACUUUUUUGCUGUUUAUUAUGGACUCUUUCAGACAUGCGGAGAAGUGGAGAGGAUGGUCCCUGGACCCCGUGUGCCCAUCGCCUAGCUGCAUCAGUUAUCAAUUAUGAUCUGCCUGGUUUCGUCCGUAUCUCCCUCUUCCCAACUGUUUUGGUUAUUACAAGUCCAGGACACUAUGCCAAUGCAACUGCAACUACUUUGGGAAAGUGGUACUCCCUUUGGUGGUAAUAGUGGUGGGGUGCACUAUCAUUAUCACAUCAAGUCUGCUUUUUGCUUUUCAUGUUAACUAAUGAAGUUCCAGAGAUGGAACUUAGAAACUAAAGUCUUCAGAAUUAACAAGGAAUAUCAAAAAGACAUGAGGGAGAUGUCCCUUUCCCCUGCAUCUGCAAGAGAGACUGUUCUGUUGUAAAACUCUUUCAAACGCUCUGAUAUGAUAAGGUAUUUAAUUGAGACCCUUCACCAGAAUAUCAGUCUUUUCUGUGUAACAUGAAGACUUUUGUGACCGUUAGGAUUAUUAUCACGUUGUCCUGGUCUCAUAACUCUGGGAAGUAUAAUUUGGAAAUUGUUGCUGUGUUCUGUGAAAAUAACCUCCCAAAAGUAAUCAGUAACUGGUUUUCAUACUCAAUAAUUUGACAUCCUGGUAAUAAUGUAAUUAUUUCUGUGUUCCUAAACCGUAUAAAUAGUUGUAAGCUUGCAUGCAUUAUGGAAAAAUAAAAACCUGUAUCUCUGUUA